AUGCAGUUAGCUAUUGCACUUUACAAUAAUGAUGUAGAUGAUGAAGAUGAAUUAGAAUUUCGUAAAGGCGAUAUAUUAACUGUUCUUAUUGAAAAUCCAAAUGGCCUCGAUGGUUGGUGGUUAUGUGAACGUAAUGGAAAAUGUGGUUUAUGUCCAGGAAAUCGAUUAAAACUUAUCUCAAGUACAGUAUCAUCAACGAUUAAAUCUAAUGAACCAAUACGUUCUUCUCUAUCGACAACAUCAAUCUACGAUAGUUUAUCAAAUGAUUAUGAUAUUCCAAUAACAGCAUCGCCAUCUAACCACGAUUAUGACAUACCACAAGGAUCAGAUUUCAUUUCCAAUUCAUGUACGCCAACACCAAUUGAUUCUUCUCCUGAAUCUUCAUCACGUUCAUCUGGAAUUUAUUCUACAGUUGAUCUACGUCUAUCCGAUUUAUCUUCAUCAUCAUUAUCGUCUGACGUUCACACAUCUUCCAUAAACGGUAACAAUCGUUCGCAUUUAGUAUCAUCAAUUAAUAUUGAUGAAUUACAGGAUUCAUUUCGAAAAUUAUCCAUAAACUCAUUACUUCUUGAUAAAUACCGUCAGCUGCUCUCAAAUUCAAAUACUGAUUCAAUAAAUCGUUUAUUUAUUAAUGAAUGUCGAUUAUUUCUUCACGAUUACGGUUGUCUACUAGAUCGACAUACAUAUAAAGUAUUUAAACAAAAUUUGCUGCAUGAAUUAGAGCGUAUAAAUAAUAAUCAAAGAAUAAUUCAAUUGGCAACACAAAUAAUACAAUUAAUAAAGCCAUUUAUUGAAUUGCGUCUUAAACAAAAACAUACAAAUUUUACAUCCAUACCAAUCGAUGUAUUUAAAAAACUUAAUCUCGAACCAAUUGAAGAACUACAAAAUGAAAACGAUAAUAAGAAAAUGACCACAUCAAUGUCAACAACACAAAUCUAUGGAACUUUUAGAAAUAAUAAAUCAGCAAAUCGUUUUCGUUCGUCGCAACUGCCAACUUCAAAAACGUGCCAUUCAAAUUUUUUUACUGAACUAAAUAAGAACAAAUCGGAUAGUUAUGAUUACAUCGACGAUGAUUAUUCGAGUUCUCCUUCGAUAUCCCUGAAAGAUCCACUUAUUAAAUGUUAUCAUCGUCACAUUCGUGAGCAUAUUUCAUCGAUGUUUAUGCGUUACACACGUUUAAGUCAAUUGAAUCAAACAAAAAAUGAACUUAAUACAACUUCAUCGCUGGUUAAUGAAGGCAAAGGACUUAUUGUAGCGGGACAUAAACUUGUAUUUGUACUUGAAACACUACACGAUCAUAUGCAGAGUUCAACUAAAAAUCAACAAAUAAAAACACCAUUGAUGCAACUCACAGGACAAUUAUCCGAAGUACUAACAACUUGUAUUUGUUCACUGAAACAAUUCAGUAAUCAAAAUUGUACAAAUAGAGAAAAAUUUCAACACGACACACAAAUGAUUAUGAAUGUAGUUAAGAGAAUUAAACAACAAUGUAGUUCAGUUUAA